AUGGCAUGCAACGAGCGCGGCUCCUCAGGCCCCUUUCUCGAUUCGGCGUACAUUACCUGGCCUGCUCCAAAAUGCCGCUACUCGCCUUCGAAAGCUAUUUCUCACGAUGAAGUCGAACCGUUCCCGGACUUCCCAAAUCCUUCGAACAAUCUGAUCAUCGCGCGAACCCUUUUGCUCGACACGCUCCAUUCCCGCAGCAACUCCCACACACGUGGAGGCCUAUCCGGGACGCUAUUUCGCAGUCUAUACUCGCGCAUCGCACCCUUCAGCGGACACAUCAAGGAAAAUGAAGAUCUGACGCGAUGUCGUGCAUCUCUGGAGCAGAUAUUCGAGGCAGGACAGGCGCUGCGGGUCCAGCGCAUGCAGGGCAAUUCUGCGAAACUUGUCAGUCUUCGAGGCACAUAUCCUGACAUGUACGCAAGCAAUAAGGAUCCAGAACCGAAGUUGGUCUUGAGAAUGAAGCUGAAAACAAAAGCCAAGAGAGGGAUCGCGAAAGCUUUCGCUAUUGAACGAAAUGGGGGCUUCGAACUUCUCAAUGACCAGGAGCAUGGCAUUAAGCGGCAGCGAGACCGAGGGCGGUCCUCUCAACGCGAAUCACGCCGGGCUCUGGCUGCACUAUACGCGAAAUACGACCCUGAUAAAGCCAUCAAGAGUUUGAUGAUGCUGCGUCAGACGUAUCCAACACACUACAAGCCGCAAUCUGUGACUGGCGUUGACCGCAAAGGUAAGUCGACGACAAACGGUCGCAUCAGCAAAGAUCUACCAAAAAGCUCGAGCACUGCAUUGAUGCCGUCUGAAGUUCAGCCGAUUACUCGUCCUGUUUCAAGUGACGACAAAGAGGGUCCAUCUACGCGAGGCGCCUCACACAAGGCACUCCGCAAUGCGGUAUCCAUGACUUCAUUGACGACAGUCAAGCAGAGCACGACGUCCUUGGUACGGCGCAUGGCGACGAAAGUUGGUGUUCGUCCUGCAGCUAUGGAUAUUUCUAUGAGCGCGCAAGUGAACGUUGUUGAGAAGGGAACUCUCCACCCUGCAGAGCAGACGGUAGGUGAGCAAGUUGCUGACAUUGACAGCUUUCCCGUUGCUGUGAAAUUGAGAACAGAGACAGCCGCAGCCCCAUCGACUGCACCAACACCGGCAAACCCCAGAAAGGACACCUUGAAGCGACAGGGCCGAUGCUUUCUCAUAGAACGAGAACCGGUGCAUGCAGCUGAGGAAGAGACAGCAGGCGAAGAUGUCUAUGUAAGUGCUUCCAAUUCACACAAACAAUGCACUCCAUCCCACUCUACUCCGGUGACCAAGCGAGGCCGGGCUCGAAGCGACACCGCCACAGGUCCGUCGUCAAUGAAUAUUUCGGAUGCAGAUACCGCAUCUGUUGAGGCUAUGGCUGUCGAACCAGUAUCCGCUGAAAUGGUAAGAUUGUCCAGACCCUCGUUCCCACCUCGCAUAAUUUGCAUCCCAGCUCGCAAGAACCCGGUCAAGCAGUCCAAAGCCGAAAUCUCAAUUCCAACUGCUGGGCCGGACGCGAAGGAAACAUCAGCAGCCGAAAAAGAUGACGAUUGGGUUGUGGUGACUCGUGAAGCAGACCAACAAGCGGAAACGGAAAUCCAGACUCGUCAGUACCAUCGACACGCGUUUCGGGGCUAUGUCACUCGUCCUCGUCCGCACCUUAUGGGAAGACCACAGUCAAUGGUAGCCAUGUCUCGCUCGUAUUUCGCGCAGGCGGAGGGUACGUCGGUCGACAGUGUGGCUAGGGCUUCAAAUGCUGGUCAUGGUGCUGACCGAAAUGGCGAUAGAGGGUCUCAUAUACUUUCCGAUGUCAUGCACAAGCUCGAGCGGGACGUGUUUGGGUAUCAUCCACGGUACAUGUAG